AUGAAUUUCCAACGUCUCCAUCAGCAGCGGUAUCACAGGCCUGUGAAGACACAGACCCCGGAGUCGAAACAUUGGAAGGGCUUCAAAAAUCCUGUCUUCAUUAAACAACAUGGACAAGUCACCUCCGUGCAAUUUUCUCCUUCCCCUCCACAUUACUAUGUUGUUACGGCAUCGAGCCGUGUGCAACUUUAUGCUCCUAGAACACAUAAACUACUCAAGGACAUUGGGCGUUUUUCCGAUGUAGCCCGUAGUGGGAACAUCAGGCAUGAUGGAAAACUCGUGGUUGCAGGAGACGACAGUGGCCUCAUCCAAAUUUUCGACCUCCAGAGUCGAGCUAUUCUGCGGAAAAUGGAAGAACAUAAGCAACCCGUACAUAUCACAAAAUUCUCUCCUUCAGGCACACAGAUCUUGUCAUGUUCGGAUGAUACGACGGUAAAACUCUGGGACAUUGCAUCCGGGAAACCCACUGUUACUUUCUAUGAUCAUUCUGAUUAUGUCCGAGCUGGCAAUUUCAUGCCUUCGGACCCCAACCUUAUCCUCACUGGCUCAUAUGAUUCCACUGUCUGUCUCUUGGACUCGAGGACAGGGAAAGCUGAAAUGACACUUGGGUCGUCAGCAGCGGGCAUCGCUGGCGUGGAAGACGCCCUGCCAUUCCCGUCGGGAACGCUUGCCUUGUCUGCUUCUGGGCCCAUCAUGCGCGUGUGGGAUCUUGUCUCCGGUGGGAAAUGCGUGAAGGCCCUUUCUGGCCACCAGAAGACAAUCACUUGCCUUUCCUUUGAUGGAAAGGCUAAUCGAGUGUUGACUGGAGGUUUAGAUCAUUUGGUAAAAGUGUACGACGUCAGCUCCUAUAAGGUCGUUCAUACGAUGCGGUACUCUGCACCAAUCCUCUGCCUGGCUAUAUCGCCGGAUGAUACCCACAUCGCUGCAGGAAUGUCAGACGGGACCUUCUCAAUACGUUGUCGACCAGUGAAAUCCUCCGAACCUGGAUCUUCUUUACCUGAGUUGGGAGAAUUGCGCAGUUCCAACUACGAAUUCUUCCUCGACGAAAUUGACGCAUUAGAAGAACUAGCCCCACAGCCGAAGGGGCCGCCUCAACUGAAAGAUCCGCAUGAGUUCACUCUGAAGAUGAGGCGCCGUGGUCCGAGACUCGCGCUACACGAUAAAUUAUUGAAGGAAUACAGAUAUUCUGAAGCAUUGGAUGUUGUGGUGCAACCUACUGUCCGAGGGGAAUUGACGUUCUCGUUGAUAAUGGAGUUGAUACGACGGGAUGGUUUACGAAGCGCCUUGAGUGGCCGAGAUGAUGUUACUCUCGAGCCAAUCCUUCGUGUGGUAACUAAGUAUAUUUUUGAUCCCACAUUCGGCAGUGUCGCGUGUGGUGUCGCCAUGAUGAUAAUUGAGUUGUACUCGGGAGUAUUGGGACAGUCCCCUAUCAUAGAUUCGCUGUUGGUUCGACUAUUGGGAAUGGUUGGAAAGGAAUUAUCAUUCCAGCGCGAACUGAGAUCAGUUCAGGGCAUGGUGGAUAUGCUGAUGGCUUCCAGCAUGCUCCAAAACGACGAACAGUCAAAGCUCAUCACCAAGUGA